AUGGAGGACGGUCCCGAAGAGCCCGGCAAGGAGCAUCUGGUCUUUUUGUACCGCAUCUGCGAUGGGUCGCUGGUGAUACUCCACGUGCGGCCCAAGGAGGUGGAUGAACCCGUGGCGCAGGAGGACUCGCAACAACCCACAACCGAGACGUCGUCGUCGGCUUCGGCUUCAUCGUCGCCGGCGCCGGUGCCGUUCGUGGUGCCACCGAUCGAGCAGGAGCACCUCGACAAAGCCCUCCCCGUCUCGUUGGUGACCGAGAGAACCAAAGUCAAGCUCCUAUGCACCCCUGAGACCUCGAGCGCUGAUUCAACUCGUUUCACACUUCAAAAGUGGUGA